CAAGAAACCCUCAUCUUAUAACCCUUUACUCCUCCAUUUCAUUUGCUCGCACUAUCAACGCUAGGUAAGUCCUUUGGUCUCGGCUUCUGCAGCUCUAUCGAGGUUGACAAAAAAUGGCAUCAACAUUGAGCACUAUGUCUAGUAUGGGCUCUCUUGCUGCUAUUUGCAACCUUUCAAGAGACAAGAAGAGCUCUGUGUCUUCUGAGAAGUAUUCUCAGUUCUCUUCUCUUGCUUCUAUAUCAUCCACUUCAUUCAAUAACAGGAGUCAAGUCGUAAGAAUGCAAAGGAGGGGAGGUUCCUCUGGUAUAAGGGCCAUGGCUAAGGAGUUGUAUUUUAAUAAAGAUGGAUCAGCCACCAAGAAACUACAAGCUGGUGUUAACAAGCUUGCGGACCUUGUUGGUGUUACUCUUGGUCCAAAGGGAAGGAAUGUGGUCUUGGAGAGCAAGUAUGGCUCCCCAAGAAUUGUAAAUGAUGGUGUUACAGUGGCAAAAGAGGUUGAGCUAGAGGACCCUGUUGAGAACAUUGGUGCUAAGUUGGUGAGGCAAGCUGCUGCAAAGACGAACGACCUUGCGGGAGAUGGUACUACCACUUCUGUUGUUCUUGCGCAGGGCCUUAUCGCGGAAGGCGUAAAGGUAGUUGCUGCUGGUGCUAAUCCUGUACAAAUAACCAGGGGUAUUGAGAAAACUACAAAGGCCUUAGUGUCAGAACUCAAAUUGAUAUCGAAAGAGGUUGAAGAUAGUGAACUGGCUGAUGUGGCUGCUGUCAGUGCUGGAAACAACUAUGAAAUAGGAAACAUGAUUGCUGAGGCCCUGAGUAAAGUGGGUAGAAGGGGUGUUGUGACCCUUGAAGAAGGGAAGAGUGCAGAGAACAAUCUCUAUGUAGUGGAAGGAAUGCAAUUUGAUCGUGGUUACAUUUCUCCUUACUUUGUGACUGAUAGUGAAAAGAUGUCUGUUGAAUAUGAGAACUGUAAGCUGCUUCUCGUGGACAAGAAGAUCACAAAUGCAAGGGAUUUGAUUAACGUCUUGGAGGAUGCCAUUAGAGGGAGCUAUCCAAUCUUGAUAAUUGCUGAGGACAUUGAACAAGAGGCCCUUGCAACCUUGGUUGUGAACAAGCUCAGGGGUGCCUUGAAAAUAGCUGCUCUGAAAGCCCCUGGAUUCGGAGAGCGCAAGAGCCAGUAUUUGGAUGAUAUUGCUAUCCUUACUGGAGCAACUGUGAUUAGAGAUGAGGUGGGAUUAGCUCUUGACAAAGCUGGAAAGGAAGUGUUGGGCAAUGCUGCGAAGGUUGUUCUUACAAAGGAUGCAACCACCAUUGUUGGUGAUGGAAGCACACAAGAGGUUGUGAAUAAGCGGGUUUUACAGAUCAAAAACCUAAUAGAGGCUUCCGAGCAGGAUUAUGAGAAAGAGAAGCUGAAUGAGAGAAUAGCAAAACUCUCCGGUGGUGUUGCUGUCAUUCAGGUUGGAGCUCAAACAGAAACAGAGUUGAAAGAGAAGAAAUUGAGAGUUGAAGAUGCUUUGAAUGCGACAAAGGCGGCUGUUGAGGAAGGGAUUGUUGUUGGCGGUGGAUGCACCCUUUUGAGACUUGCUUCAAAAGUAGAUGCUAUUAAAGGCACUCUGGAAAACGAUGAACAGAAGAUUGGUGCUGAUAUUGUCAAGAGGGCUCUAAGCUAUCCAUUGAAACUAAUUGCUAAAAAUGCCGGUGUCAAUGGAAGUGUGGUAACUGAAAAGGUCCUUUCAAGUGAUAACCCUAAGUAUGGAUACAAUGCCGCAACUGGAAAUUACGAGGAUUUAAUGGCCGCUGGAAUUAUUGAUCCCACAAAGGUGGUGAGAUGUUGUUUGGAGCAUGCUGCAUCGGUAGCCAGGACCUUCCUCACGUCUGAUGUUGUGGUGGUUGACAUCAAGGAGCCCGAGCCUGUCCCUGCUGGAAACCCCAUGGAUAACUCAGGGUAUGGAUAUUGAGGAAAUUGGUUGCAAAGGAGGGAAAGAAUAAGAUCCUCACGCCAUCAUUGGUGUGGGUCGUCCUUUUUGUAAAAUUCUCAUUAUUCCCAUUAUUAUGUUUUGAAAGAGUCGUAGGAGAAAAAUUGAAAACCCUUUAGCUGGGUUAGCUGGCUGGGUUCGGCAAAGGAUUGGUAGGGUGCUCCUCUCUCUCUCUCUCUCUCUCGCUUUUUUUUACUGCCUUUCAGACAACAGUGCUUUUGAUGAAAGGAAUGAAGCAUUUAAUGUGUUGGUUCUCAUCCCUUUGGUUAAUUAA